AAGAGUUGUGUCCCCUAUCAAACAAGGUUGAGCUGAUCGCAUUCAGUCGAUCUGUUCACUCAUGGGGAAGCUGAACAUCUUUGUGGUGUCCUUUAGCAACUUGCAGGGUGUUUACUACGCAGGCCAGCUCGUGCAGGGCCAUGUCACGGUGGAACUCACAGACACUAUGAAAAUGAGAGGAAUUCGUCUCCGAUUUGAAGGCAAGGCCUAUGUACAUUGGACAGAGAGUGAAACCGUAGGCACUGGGGACGACCAGCAUACAGAGACUCGCGACUACUCCGCCCAUGAACACUACUUCAAACAGGACAUACUGCUGGCUGGUAGAUGGAAGCAGCAGUCUGGGGAGGACAUCCAUCUGCCUGCUGGCCGCCACACCUUCCCGUUUGCGUUUCAACUCCCACCUGAACUUCCAUCAUCCUUUGAAGGAGAACAUGGUCAUAUUCGAUACACGACUAAAGGAAUCAUUGAUAAACCAUGGAAAUUCGACCACGAAACGAAAAGGCCAUUUACAGUGAUUUGUUUGCUGGACCUUAACAGAGAUCCAAAUGCCAUGAUGCCUGCUCGAGGUGCCAAGUCCAAGACACUUUGCUGCUGGUGCUGUGCAUCAGGACCAAUCUCUGCUAACUUCUCCAUCGACAGACAGGGAUAUGUUCCCGGGGAAGCCAUCAUUCUCAAGGCUGAAAUUGACAACCAGUCAAACAGGAGAAUAAAAUCAUCGUCUGUGAAAAUGACAAUGGAGACAAUAUUCCAUGCCACCACCAAGUCAAGAACUUCAAGCCGUGUGAUUGCCAAGCUGAAGCAUGGUCAGGUCGAAGAGGGGGGACACGAUUACUGGAAUGGUGACCAGCUAGUUAUUCCACCGGUGCCGCCAUCGUUUCUCGCUGGUUGCAACAUCAUCGACAUUAAAUACUCUGUACAGCUUGAAGUGACUCCUUCAGGACCAAGCUAUGAUCUUGACAUCCCUCUACAAGUGAUAAUUGGCACCAUCCCUCUACAAAGUGUCCUAGCUCAGCAUCCUCCUAUGGCCCCUCCGGUAGGGGCCCCCAUGAUCAUGCCAAAUCCUGUAGGUGCUGGUGGAGCCUAUCCCCCUCCUGCUGGAGCUUACCCCCCUCCUGCAGGAGCUUACAUCCAUCCUACAGGAGCCUAUCCCCCAGGAGAGUCUCUAUCCCCACCAGCCUAUCCUCCUGGGAUGCCAACGGAUUUGCCAAAUUUGCCGCCUCCCUCCUACGGAGAGUGUGUGUUCGGCAAGGUCGACAUCAAGGAGGAAGGGGAGAAUGAGCACCUGCAGGGAGACAACAGAUAUGCUCCCGUCUACACGUACUACGACUGGGGCCACAAGCCCUCUGCCCCUCCAACAGAGUAGAUAUCAGGGGAGCUGAGGUGGAUUAUAACUCCUAUGUGUACCAUCAGAGGGGCCACAAGACAUCUGCUCUUGCUGUGUAGUCAAUAUUGUAGUUACCAGUAGGGGAGGGGUAUACUAGAUAAUAACACCUGCAUACAUGUACUAUGAGAGGGGCCACAAGACAGCUGCUCUUGCUAUGAAGUCAAUAUUGUAGUUACCAGUAGGGGAGGGGUAUACUAGAUAAUAACUCCUGCAUACAUGUACUAUGAGAGGGGCCACAAGACAGCUGCUCUUGCUAUGAAGUCAAUAUUGUAGUUACCAGUAGGGGAGGGGUAUACUAGAUAAUAACACCUGCAUACAUGUACUAUGAGAGGGGCCACAAGACAGCUGCUCUUGCUAUGAAGUCAAUAUUGUAGUUACCAGUAGGGGAGGGGUAUACUAGAUAAUAACUCCUGCAUACAUGUACUAUGAGAGGGGCCACAAGACAGCUGCUCUUGCUAUGGAGUCAAUAUUGUAGUUACCAGUAGGGGAGGGGUAUACUAGAUAAUAACACCUGCAUACAUGUACUAUGAGAGGGGCCACAAGACAUCUGCUCUUGCUAUGAAGUCAAUAUUGUAGUUAUCAGUAGGGGAGGGGUAUACUAGAUAAUAACACCUGCAUACAUGUACUAUGAGAGGGGCCACAAGACAGCUGCUCUUGCUAUGAAGUCAAUAUUGUAGUUAUCAGUAGGGGAGGGGUAUACUAGAUAAUAACACCUGCAUACAUGUACUAUGGGAGGGGCCACAAGACAUCUGCUCUGCAUGACCAAAUGUAAUUUGAAAUGGAAAAAUAGCGUAAAAGAAUUAGAUAGAAUGACAGGCAAAAUCGUCCCCCAAAUUAAUAAACAGUUCAGAACAUAUCCAGGUGAGCUACAGUGCCGUGGUACAAUUUUAACAUUUUGAUGUUGAACACUUGUUGAGCUCACGUUUUCAGUUUUUAAGGACCUAAGCAAGCCAUCUGAACCAUAUACUUUACAUUGUGCUAUAUGUAUUUGUUCUUAUUUAGAUAAUAUAUGUUAUAACAUAAAUAUAUUUUGAUACUACUGUACUAUUUUGUAUGAACUCAAUACUCAAAUACCUUUCCCUGUUCAAAGUUGCUUGGAUGAGAGAAUUUAUAUUGCAUUGCCCUUGACUAAUUAUGUUGUGUUCCUCAUGCGUUUCACAAACGUGAAACAUAUAGAGCUGAUACAUAUUUCCAUAAGAUAUUACGUUUCAUGUUAUUAAUAAUCAACAUUAAUGGUAAUCCAUACGAUGACAUGCAUUAACCUGAGACCAUAUAUGGUCUCUGCAUUAACCAAGUCAGCUAUCCUGACCACCCUAUCCCGUAAGUCGCCUCGGACGAUAAACACAAUCGCCUUUUACGGCAAGCAAGGGUUGCUGAAGACCUAUUGUACCCCGGAUCUUCUCGGGUCUGAGGGUGUUGAUAUGCCAUGGAUGUUUGUCAUGAACCGGAGUACAAAGGUUCAGCAGAGAUUAAGAUACCAACUGUUCAUAAGGAUACAGAUUUGAUCUUUGGCUGACUGCACAGUGUUGCUAAUUUGGACCCGUGAAGAUUCCGGGAAGAAUAGGUCUUCAGCAACCCAUGCUUGCCGUAAAAGGUGACUAUGCUUGUCGUAAAAGGCGACUAACGGGAUCGGGUGGUCAGGCUCCCUGACUUGGUUGAUGCAUGUCAUCGUAUCCCAAUUGCGUGGAUCGAUGCUCAUUGUAUUAAUCACUGGAUUGUUUGGUCCAGACUCGAUUAUUUACAGACCGCCGUCAUAUAGCUGGAAUAUUGCUGAGUGCGACGUUAAACAACAAACCAACCGACCAAUGCUAAUUUGAAUGGACUGUUUUCCUUGAAUAAAGGCUUGUUAAUGAAUUUGAGAGAUAACCAGUUGCACAAUACCCAGACUAGUUUUGUACUGGUGAAAGAGUAAGGAAAAACAAUAUUAAAACUCCACUUUAAUGAUGCUUAUACUAAAAAGGCAUCCACUGUUUAAUAUCACACAGGCAAAUUUCCACGAGAUACCGGUAAUCCGGGUCAGGUUGAACCAACUCACAAGACACAGUUGGAGGGAGAUAACUUGUCCCAUAUUUGACAUAAAUAAUGUCCAGUAUUUCACAUAUUGUUUACUCAGUAAAUUGUCUAGUUCUUUCAUUGCAAUAUUUACAUUGACAUGUUUUACAUUGUUAUCUUCUGUUUGUUUAUCUGAAGCAAUAUGAAGUAGUUUUUAUUUUACGUUACUGUGGAAUCUGUCUCAACCAAACUCUUGACUAAUCAGGAUAUCUGCCAAUACGGACCAAAUUUACGGAUCCAAUUUUACUACGUUCAUUUAUCAUCAAGAGAAAUCUCUCUAGUCGUCCUUCACUGCAUAUUCCAGACAGACAUUGUGUGACAGUAGGUCAAUUCAUCAUGUAAUUUAUCCUCUCUCACCUGGAUAUACUGUUUACACAUCUCGUGUGUCAGGUAAGCUGUUCUCAUCAAUACACAAUGUGUUUACAAUGUAGACUGAUGCCCAGAAUGGCCUCUCCAGUAACAUACCGUAUUUAACCGCAUAUAGGCGAAAUCCGAUCCGAAAUUGUUUGCGAGACUGUCAAGCCCCUCAGGUGGUUGGUUACAUUUGGCAUGAGAUAGCAAGGGAAGUAACUCUAUGAUGGACUUUAAUCUUUGUCAAGUUUCGUUCAGGCUGGUUCCAUUGUACUUACAAGAGAGCAAUUCUUCCCGAAACUUGUACUCAAAAUUCUGAUUCAUCAUUUGAUGGAUGAGCCUGUAUCGACAAGUGUACAUCUGUUGGUGACCACUAAGUCAGCAUCAGGAGCGGUGCUGGUCUGUUCUACCUCGUUUUGUCCUCAUGUCAUUAUUCAAUCAUGUGUGCAGUUCUCGAGAGCCAAAAAUAUUUUAUAUAAUCCUAACUGAUGAUUGCUUUGAUUGUGUUGUGGUAUAUGCAAGCGUGCCUUGGCAACAUAUCUAAUGUGUCCACUUGUAUUCUGUUACAUUGUUGUUGUUUUUCUGAUACAGAACUUGUCAAUGCCGUGGUAUAUAGGUUAUGAAGUUGUGUCUGACUCAAUCUGGUAACCAUGGAAGGGCAAUAGAUUGUUAACCAUUGUUGUUUCUUUUGGUAUGUUUUAAAGCCCUGAUUGAAACGAUAUUCAGAAUGACAUUUCCUGAAAGAUGUGUGUUCAUACAGUAAUAUACACUCUAAAAACAAACGUUUACUAGAGACAUGUUGAAGUGCUUGUUCCUAAACGCUAGUGUAUAUCUUAUGUCACUGGUGCUUAAUAAUCACCACAGUUUGCCAUACAGCCAACACACACAUGUGCAUUCAUAAAUGCACACCCGUUUGUUCUUUUUCGCACCACAAACAAGUUUUUAGUACAGACAUGUUGAAGUGUUUGUUCCUGGACGCAAAUGAAUACUUUAUGUCACUGGUGUAAAACAAGUUUGAGAUACAAGAUACACACACACGUAUUUUUAAGUGUACAUCCGUUUACUAAUAUUACAUUUUUGAUCAAAAUAAUAGAAAUAGUUAUGUCGACUAUUAUUUCUAAUUUAUUUAAAACAAACUGAAUUUACACUAUUAAGCUUAUCUAUUUAGAUCUAUCUCUCGUCUGAAAGCUGAAUACUUUUCCAUGGACCUCUUACGAAUGGUAUGUAUAUAAAUUGUAUAUAUCGGCAGAUUUACUUCGUGUGCCUCAUGCCGCAUGCAUCUAUCCAACAACACAUCCACGCAUACAUCAAUAUAUGUUGAGAAGUCAAAAUGUGAUUUUUCACCCGUAAGGUCCUUUAUCUCAUGGUUGGUCACAUGAGAUGAUUUAUUAACACCAGUGUUUAUAUACUAUCAGCAGUGUUGUAAAAUAUAUGACGUCACUAGAUGACGUCAUUAUACUAAGUGGUUGUCGCCAUUUUGUACUAAGUGUUCCUGCACAAGAUAACUCAAAAUUGCGUAAGUAGUAUUGCAAAACUGAAGUGAAAUUUUAUUAUAUUAACUAGUGGAAAACACAAUAUCAGAGUUCACGCAAGUCUUGUUUGAAUCUAGAUUGUUAUAUAGGCCUACCUAGAUUGUUGUUGUGUAUAUCCUUAAUUUUCUAAACAACUGCAGGUUCACCUUCCGUCUUCAGUGAAGGUAGGUCUACUGGCAUGUGGGUAUGUCUCCCUUCACACAAUAUUUCCGAUACAGAGAAGUCACUGUUUCUAAUGACGAUCUCUUGUCUGAAGAAGAAUAUUCUGUCAAUCUCAAAGAACUUGAAGCUGAAUGGGACAAGGCCAAACCAAGUAACACUCACAUCAAGCUGCUUCUCCGGCACCUACGUCAGUACAGAAAAAGGUGGAUGACUUCUCUACCAGACGGAACGAUCCAGCCCAUAAUUGAGGCGUAUCCCUUUUUCUCAGAAGGACAACAUGUGCUGUCGGAAUUAUUUGCUAUGGUGUACCCAGAAAAGGAGGAGGAACAGGCCAGACAAGAUGUCUGUCAGAAGGUUGAAUGGCUCCUGUGGCAUGUGGCGAAUACAAUGAAGGCUAACGUGGAUUGUGUGGCUUCUGUCAAAGAAGCAUUUUUUUAAUCCAAGGAAUUCACCUCGCCACGCCUCAUCAUUGUCGUCAAUAAGGACGACAACAGUUUCAUGACAGCCUACAUUGUGGUGGACAGGACGAAGAUAGCUUGCCAAGCUGCAUCUAUCUUGGAUGCAGCAGUUGUGCUACUGGCAGCGUAUUAUGUAUUUGAUCUGAGCUACCCAGACAUAUAUACGCGUGCGCUUGGAUUGCCUCAGCAGUUUGUGGUGGGAGACGCCUACAGUGGACCUAAAGGAACAAAAUGGAUCACUUUUGUGAAACGUCACACCCUGGACUCUCCCUAGUCUUACUGACUCAGUCGUUAGUGUUUAUCACUGAACAUGUAUUCUUACAUAAACAUGUACAAGUGUCUAUAUAGUGUUGCAAGAGUAUAAACAUGUUUUUGUGUUUAUUUAUAAACGUCUCAAUGUGCAUUUUAUUUUAAGCGGCCCUGUAUCUACAUAAACACGUCUGUUUAUAAAUAUACAUGUGGACGUGUCUAUAAAGUGUUGCAUCAUCAGUUUUUAUUUCUGUGUUUAAACAAAACACUUGUUUUUAGAGUGUAGGGGCGGUCGGGUAGCCUUGUGGUUAAAGCGUUCGCUCGUCACGCCAAAGACCCCGGUUCGAUUCCCGACAUGGGUACAAUAUGUGAAGCCAUAUCUAGUGAAUAUUGCUAAAAGCGGCGUAAAACCAUACUCACACACUCAGAAGUAAUAUUGCUAUGGCCAUCAAGAAGAAUGUAUAAUCAGUAAUGUAUCUUAAUUGUCAAACUUAUAGGUUCGUAAAUAAUAUGAAAGCAAGAAAUAUUUUCUAAAUACUUCCCUGUCUAUUUUGAUGGUCAUAUGACAGAGCACGAAUUAUCUCAUAAUUAUCCUGUAAACUGUAAUUAGUUUUGCAGGUAUAAACCAGUAUAUUUAUUUCCAGCCUCGUUUUCACGUAAUUCAAUCUUUUCAAAUUCGCUUUGGAGAGAAAUAUAUCUGAGGAUCAUAGCAUGCUGUUAUCUCCUAAAAUGAAUAUAUGUCAAUACCAUCAUGUUUCGCAUAUUGUUAAGGAUAUGUCAGUACCCCAUAGGCGUCAAUGUCAAUAACGGGCCUGUCAAAACGAUCUUGUUUUCCUUUCAAAAGUUUUUCAAUGACCAUAACUUUUGAAGAAUUUAUCAUUCAAAGCAUACAGUUACGCAAAUUAACCAUCAGAUAUUGGUUAGCAUACCUUCUUUCUUCAACAAACAGGGGAGGUCGGGUAGCCUAGUGGUUAAAGCGUUCGCUCGUCCGACCGAAUCCCUCCAUGGGUACAUUGUGUGAAGCCCAUUUCAUGUAAUCUUCGCUGAUGUAUACAUGCGUGGCAUUUUAUACAUGGCACGUGGCAUCACUAUUUAUUAACAUGUUUUUCAUAUUUAUGACAUCCAGUGCCACUGUCAGAGCAUAAACGUCUUAUUUAUCAAAUAAAUUCCAAAUGCCUCCUGACAUUUGUAAUCUUC